AUGACUCUUUGUCCCCGCUUAAAGGGCUUCCUCGGAAGAGACCUCCAUAAUAGGCAAUCCUCCUUCCAGAAAUUCGUUCACGACACAAGUUCCGCCCUUAUGCUCGGAAGUCAAAUCCGAGUACUGACAUCCAUUCGGCCGAUACCGAUAUCAAAACGAAGGUAUAUAAUAAAGGGUGUAACGAUAAACAGGGCCAGCACGAUCCACGAUAGAAUGGCAUCAACGACGUCGAAUGCUGAACAGAAGGACCAACCGGACUCGAAGGGCUGGUCGGCGACGCAGUAUAGCCAGAAAGCAUCGUUCGUCUACUCCGCCGAGUUCACCGCGCCUGUACUGGAUCUAUUAGGCGCCAAACCUGGAGAGAAGAUCUUGGAUAUCGGAUGCGGGAGUGGCGAGCUGACCCUCCAGCUCCAGCAGGUCAUGGAACAGGCAGAAGGUGGCGUUGUUGUGGGCACUGAUUUCAGCGAAAGCAUGCUGAAGAAGGCCAAGCAGAUCGGCGUCAAGCACACUUUUAUCGCAGACGCACAGGAACUGGAGCUGCCCAAGGACGACUCGGACAUCCCGGAGCAAUUUGAUGCGGUGUUCAGCAAUGCGACAUUGCAGUGGUGCAAGCGUGAUCCUCUCGGUGUCCUGACGCGCGUGCGGGGGGUUCUCAAGCCCCAAGGGAGAUUCGUCGCUGAUUUCAGUGGGUUUAUGAGCAUGAUUGGGAUUCGGGCGGCGUUGCAUGAGGUUGUGCGAUCGAGGGGGGGAGAUCCAGAGAAGUGCGAUCCUUGGUAUUUCCCAUCGGUAGACGAGUACCAGGCGCUGCUAACCACUGCUGGUUUCGAGACGAAGCACAUAUCGCUAACUCCACGAAUCACACCUCUGCCGAAUGGCUUGUACGAUUGGCUGAGCGUCUUCGCAAGGACUUCGUUCCUGCGCGAGUUUUCGGACGAAGAGGCCGCCCAGAUAAUGAAAGAGGUGGAAGAUCGUUGUCGCGGAGAUUGUCAAGACGUGAAUGGGAAAUGGGCCAUGAUCUCAGCGCGUCUGAGAGUUUCUGCCGUCUCGAAAGAGUGA